AUGGUCGAUAUUUUUUUCAGUUUCGGAGCAGAAAUCAUUAAGUUCUCUUGAAAAAUAAAACCGAGUAUUAGAAUCAGAUCAAUAAGCAAUAUGUGCUCUAUGGGACAGUGGUCCGAAUCGAUCGAUUACUGUCACAAUUCAAUCAAAGAUGUGUUUUUAUUCUCUGAUAUUAUCCUUUAUCAAAGUGUCUCUGUUAUAGGAUCAAGCUUAAUCCACGCCAUAAAGAGAUUAUUGAGUCUUAUACUUUUUAAGUAGCAGGAUUAAUGGAUAAAAAAAGAUGAAAAACAGCAACCAUUGCUCCUGAGUGUCGGUCAACUUUAUGAUUUAGCUCAACCAGCGCGUGCAGAACAGCAGAGUCAUCCCAGACACAAAGUGGGUUAUCCCGGUUUAACGUGGGGGUGAGCCGACAGCAGCUCCACAGAGAGGGGAUUCCACGAAGGAUUUAUUUUUGAUAUCUCCAUAAUUCAGUGACAUUCAGUUGAAAUGUGGACAUAAAGUUGUUAAAUCAGGAGGAUGCUGUCUGUGCAGGACACGCCCUGUCGCUGAAAGUGCUCUCUCCAUCGCGAUCAGUCUGCUCGGCUCUACCUAAUCGCAGGCUGAAUGUUUCCCUGCGUUUAAUCCGCUAAAUGACAAGCUGCAAACUUCAGGUUCACAAAAUAUCAGGCUGCCGACCGGUCCUUUUCCUCUGUGCAAGAGCUGCAGCGGACCUUCUCCUGCCGGGGAUCUCUGCAAAGAAAGGAAAGAGAGGCUCUACCUACCGGGCAUGUCUGCUGCUAGAGUGGCUCAUGCGCAGGACACACACCACCACUCCUCAGAGAAGCCCCUGAUCCAGUGCUACAAGUGUGGGGAGCCAUGUAAGGGCGAGGUGCUGCGCGUGCAGAACAAGCACUUUCACCUCAAGUGCUUCACCUGUAAAGUGUGCGGCUGUGACCUCGCUCAGGGGGGCUUCUUCAUGAAGAAUGGAGAUUAUCUGUGCACGCUGGACUACCAACGCAUGCACGGCACCCGCUGCAAUGGCUGCGGGGACUUUGUGGAGGGCGAGGUGGUCACUGCGUUAGGCAAGACGUACCACCCCGCCUGCUUCGUCUGCACCAUCUGCAAACGACCGUUCCCUGCUGGGGACAGGGUGACCUUUAACGGGAAGGACUGUCUGUGUCAGUACUGUGUGGAGCCCAUGUCUCCGGGACCAAAGGACAUCCUGGGCUCCAGCAAUUGUGCAGGAUGUGGUCGAGACAUUAAGAACGGGCAGGCUCUGUUAGCGUUGGACCGACAGUGGCACCUCGGCUGCUUUAAGUGUAAGGCCUGCAGCAAAGUGCUGACCGGGGAGUACAUCAGCAAGGACGGCGCCCCCUACUGUGAGAAGGACUACCAGAUCCACUUUGGAGUUCAGUGUGAGGCGUGUCACCAGUUCAUCACAGGGAAGGUGCUGGAGGCUGGAGAUAAGCACUACCACCCCAGCUGUGCACGAUGCAGCAGGUGCAAUCAGAUGUUCACGGAAGGAGAGGAGAUGUAUCUGCAAGGGUCGACAGUUUGGCAUCCCGGCUGCAAAAACACGACGAGAACAGAGGAGAGACACAGGGAGCGGCUCUUGCCUCCGUCCCUCUUAUUCCUCCAAAAAACACAAAGGCAGCCUACGAGGUCGUCAUCCGAGAGUAUUUGUUCCAGACCUGGUUCAAGCAUACCUGGCUCACCGGGUCACACCAUCUAUGCAAAAGUAGACAAUGAGAUCCUUGAUUACAGAGACCUAGCUGCCAUCCCCAAAGUCAAAGCCAUUUAUGACAUUGAGCGCCCCGAUCUUAUUACCUAUGAACCUUUGUACAGCACCUCCCUGGAAGAGAGGGACGAGAGACAGGAGAGUGUGGGAGAGCUCCACACUGCCAGGAGGGAGCGCUCCCCUUUACCUGAUGACAAGUCCUCAAGAAACAUGUCGCCGACCCCCCCUGGUGAGGGCUCGUACGACAGGAGGGAACGCAUCCUCCAGAGGUCCACCAGUCAGGGCUCCAUAGGAUCACCUGUUUAUAAUCGCCAUGGUUACAUCCCCACCUUGUCACGAUCCCCUCAGCAUUUUCACAGACCAGAGGCUCUGACAGGCAUGCAGAAGCUCUGCUCCUCCCUGUGCAGUAACAGUGUGGGCUCCAGAAAUAGUGACUCCCGCCCCACCUCCCCUUUCAGACACCACUUCCUCCCCCAUAGCCAAGGCACCGACCCCCCGAGCGGCCGGAGCUCCCCCCUCCCGCUCAGGCCCGACAGCCGGCCGAUCACCCCGCCUCUCUGUCUGACCCCUAAACAUUUCCAUCUCCCAGAUCAGGGGAGCAACAUCUACAGGAAGCCACCGAUCUACAAACAGCACGACACUGAUAGAUCAGUUCCCAUGGUUACCAACCUAGAUAUGGCCGCCAUAGCACGCCACAGCAAGGCUGGUGAUGACAUCAUCAGAUCCGCCACCUUCCCCGCUGCCCACGCUCCCUCUCCGGACGACAGCUCGAGGAGCGAGGGUGACUGUUGGCCCUGCUCUCUCGUUGUGUUAGGUUCAGAAGGGAGGCGGCGAUCCAGAGAAGACGAGGAGGAGGAGGCCUUGAAGAGAAAGCAGCUCCAGGAGGAACAUCUCAGUAAGAUCCAGUCUGGUUUGGGGAAGCUCAUUCUGAAAGAGGAGAUGGAAAAGGAGCAGAUCAAGGAGCGUCAUGCUCGAAGCCUCUCAGCUCAGCGAUACGACCCCAAACAGAGCAACUGUGAUGGAGAUCCGACUUCUCCAACCAAAACGAACUCUCUGCCCGGCUAUGGAAGGAACGGGCUGCAUCGGCCCCAGUCGACAGACUUCACUCAGUACAACAGCUACAGCGACAUGUGUGGAGGAGGCAGAGAGUUUCAGGUAUGUCUCUCAUCUGCUUUUUCACAUGGCAUGCCUCCUCACCUUGCAUCAUAGAUUUGCUUGCUCAUGAGUUGCAAGAGACACCUUGACCCGAAUGCACUCCGCCCACUCCUGCUACACGCUUGCAUCACUGUUGGAUUAAAGUCAACUACGGGGCAUGGAGUGCACUGAUUUCACUGCCCGAUCAUGCACCGCCCCGUAGCUGAGCCAGUGUUCUGUAAAUGCAAUGUACAGCCAUCGCCUCAUGUCUUGUUCUGUGUGUUGUUUACCAGUGUUAUGACUCAAGCUAAAUGUCACAUAUUUUCACCAUAGAAGUAAAAUCUGCAGAAACAUUCAGAGAACAUGUAAACCACUGCCCAUCUUUAUACUGAAGAUACCGACACAGUA